CACGCCAUGUGCCAAUGGAGAAGUUACAAGUAAAACGGUACUUUGACAUUAAUCGAAAUACCUGUGUUUAAAAUAAUUGUUUACGGUGACAAGAGAAGAAACGAUCGAGAUACCAAUCGAUCGAAUAUAUUAAUUUUAACCGCAAAAUAACAUAAAUAAAAGAAAAAGGAAUUAGAACAUACCUUCGGCUAUGCUAUCCGAUCUUGGAAAGGAAGCAGAAUUCUAGAUUAAAGAAACAUAGCAAUUAUAUAAGAAGGUGAAACCAGUGUUGAAAAUAUUGGCUGUGCAUUAAUCGCACCAUCUGUCGGCGCCAUCUGUAACAAUUACUUCCGUUAGUUCUUCCUCCUCCCAUCAGGUGUAUUAUGUAGUUACACCAUAUACUCGGCAUAACAUUUUCAUUCCUUGCUGACGAGAAUUAAAUGUGAGUUUUGUAUAAAUUUUUGUCUGAAAAAUUUUGUAAUAUUCCUCGAAAUACGAUGCUAUUAAUUUAUUAAGUGUAAUUUAUCUUACGCGAACGAAGAAAUUCUGAUGAAGUAAGAAAUGGCACAGAUUUCUAAUUCAAACGUGUUUACAAACGAUGCUGCCUCUUCGACUAGUACAUCCGAUCUUUUACAACAAGCAUUCCAACAAGUUGUUGACGAUGAUGAUAAUGAAAGUGAUUUCGUUGCGUUUUUGCAAAACGAUGAAAAUGAUUCUCAAACAAUUCAUCUAACUUCGGAACAGGCAGCUGCAUUAGGUUUAACUUUCGAGAUAAACUCCAACGAAGAGGUUAUAUAUCAACAAAAUCGAGGUAGCGUUAUCCCGAAUACAACAAAAAUUACGGCAAAUGAUAAUUGUAAAACAGAAGAUGUAAGCUCGGUAUCUCCACGGGAUACUUUUACGGAUGAAGAUUUCAAUUUCGAAACGGCCCAAGUUCAAAAUGAUGAUGGCAUUAGUGAUAUAGUUAAGUCCGAGUGUAUGGACUAUUCAGAAUGGCAAAUACAGGAGGAUUCUCCUAAUGAAAAAUUGCAAAAUGAGACUGUUGCAAAUAGUUUGACUUUAGGAAACAUUUGCUUACAAAAUCAAACCAUUAAUACCCAGGCGCAAACAUUGGAAGUAAAAAACAAUUCUAUUCAGAUUAAUUCCAAUGCACAGAGAAUAGUUUUAGAACAACCAAAGGUACAUACAAUAAUGACAGAUAUUAGGCAGAUUAAAUCUGAAGAUAAUUCGCACUAUAUGGUAGAAGAUAACUUAGCACAAAAUCAACCGAUGAAUAACGUAUCCAAUUCUCAAGCACAAAUCCUGCAAAAGUUACCGAUACUUUUGCCGUCUUCGCAAUUCAUUAUAAAACCUGCGCAAACGAUAUUAAAGCCAGCCAAAAAUGUUAAAUUAAUACAAAACAUUAACAAACUUACAAAUACUAAUUUAAAUUCCAUCAAUGGAAUGCAAUCGAUCAACAUGAAUUCAAGUUCUAAUUCUGUUUUACUUUCAAAAGCGGCAGUGAUCAAUACAUUAUCACCGCAAAUAAUAAAAGCAACCCCUAUUACGGCUCAACUUUUGAACACAAAUAAUGUAUCGGCACAGUUAUUAAAUACAUCUCACAUUAUAACAGGAAGCUGCGAAAUUGGAAAUCAUACAAACACUCCUCAGAUCGGCAAUACUGUGGUAAAUAGCACACCCGUAUUACCACAAAAUAUAGCUACUUCACAAAUAAGAAUAUCACCUGCGAUAAAAACUACACAAUCAUCGUUACAAAAAAGUAAUAUAUCUCAGCUUCUAACGCCUAUGUUAAAGAGUGCUACUACUAUAACUAAAACAGUACCAAAAACUGCUCAACUUAUUAAUAAUGCAAAUAUAAGCCCAGCGAUGUCUACAGAACUUAAGCCAGUUCAAGUUCCUACACAAAUAAUUAAGGCAUCAUCAUCAUCAGUGAUGGGAAAAAAGAGUUUAGUAACGCCAAUGACAAAAAUUAUAACGCAGACAAAUUCUCCAGUUAUUUUUAGAACUGCAUCGAUCGUUAAAACGCAAGAUUCCAAAACAACGAUGACUAAUUCAACUUCUAUAUUAAAACCAACACAAACCUCAUCAACACCUAUAUCUAUCUUGAAACCACAGACUAAAGUGGCUUUUCAUAAUUAUACUAAACAAAAUCAAACUGUUACAUUAAAUACUAGUAAUUUGACUACCAACAUACCAAAUUUGUCACAAACGACACCAGUUCUGCAACAGAAUGGUUCAUCGGACAAAACAAAAUCUGUCCAAAAUGGUAUUUUUAAACAAAAGAUUAAUUCAUCCAUAAAUGGAGCAUGUCUUAAGAUAAAUAAAAAAUCUAAAGGGAUACCUACUACAAGAUCUACAACAAUUGUCUCAGAAACAGCAGAUACAUCUAAACCAUUGGGAUCCAGUGAAAAUCCUAUACAAAUAGUACAACAAGGUCAUCAUUUUCACAGCAUACAACGGCUUUCACCAACUCAGUUGAAACAAAUCGCUCACGUAUUGCAACAGCGCAGCCAAGAAACAAGUAUAUCUAAUGAGAGAAUCGUCUAUAGGUCGGUUAUAUCAAUAAGGAUAAGUAGUAGUGAGCAGCGAGAAAAAAAACUAUUUAAAUAUUUUUACAAAUUAAUUAAAACUUGUGCAUUUUUAUACAGGGUAGUGUUUCCAGAAGAAUUAGAUUUAAGAUUGAAAAAUCCUGGAACCUUAAUAAAAAAUCGUGGUGGUAAACGAGGACGACCAAAAAAGAAUACUAUUAGGCCCUCUCUGAUCCCAUCGAAAACAGCAGCGGUUCCUGAGGAAGAACAAGUAGAAUUGAAGGAUGACAGAAAAAAAGUUAUAGCCAGAACACGUUCUGGUAGACUUUCAAGACCACCGAGACAUAUGGUACGAGAUUACAAACAUUUACACCAUUCAGAUUUUUUACAACCAGAUUUGGAUGAUUCGGAUGGCGGCUACAGUGACUAUAAUACAAACAAUGACAAAAUUGAAGAUGAAGAGUCACCUAAGGAACUUUUAACAGGAUUGGAAGUACCAAAGAGAAAAAUAUCAGAUCAUUUCAGAUGUCCUACAUGUAACAAAAUAUAUCUGGGAAGAACACGCAUGGCAAGGCAUUUUGAAAUGCAUCCUGAUCAUGGUAGUCCCGAACAACUACCACCACCUACACCUGAUCCUGAACUUAAACAAAAUGUUAAUCAAGAUCCCUUAAAACGUAAGGGGAAAAAAAGAGGGCCAUGGGCUUAUGUUACACCUGAAGCUAAAUCAGAACGGCGUAAAGUUAAGCUAAGAGAAGCAAUUUCGGUAUGUGAAGAUACUGAAAUAAUAAAAAUAGCCGCAAAGCCGGUACUUAAUGCACAAUCUCUAUAUGAGUUACUAGUUUUAAAAUCUGAAAACAAUGUUAGAAAUUUUUUACAAGAGGUAAAACAAUUGAUGGAUAAAAUAAGAGAGAAAGUUGGCGAAAUGUUAUCUUUAGCAAAUACUGAUAAAGGAUCGGACAAAGAUUUAAUAGAUAUUAACGAAGAAUUGCUUUGUGAUGCCUUGGGUGUUAAUCCUGGAUUAUAUAAAAUCAAUAAUGACGCAUUAAAGAGUUACGACGAAGAAACUUCGAACAUUUACAUAAACGAGGAACCACCAGUAAAGUUACGAAAAACAGGAAAUUCUGAAGAAUCUAAAGAAAACAAUGAAGAAAGGAUGUCUAGUGGAUUUUCAGAGAGUUCAGAUCUUAGUAUAUCAGAUUUUCUUAGUGAAAGGAGAACUGAUUCGGCAUCAAACCCGACGUGUCCAGAAGUAUUGUCGGCCUUAACAUUAAUGAGAAGAAAUCCUACUUCUAUCAAUAAUGUUGAUAGCAAUAAGGCUAAUAAUGUUUCUAAACUUUUAAUUUCAAGUCCUGAAAUUCAAAAUCAAAUUUCGGAGAAUCCAGGAUUUCAAAAAAUCGAUAUUAAUACAACCAAAGUUCCAAAAUUCCAAACUUCAGAAUCUCAUAAAGAUAAUUUUACUAAAUUAACCGAUAAUUUAGGACCAUCCAGUAAUUGUGAAAUUUUUGCCAAAGUAGAAAGUAAUUACGAUCAAUCGAAAUUGGAACAUAUAGAUAAAGCCUUUAUAAAAUUAGGACCUGUGGAGCAAGAUUUGGUGAAGCUUGAAAAUGGCACUUUGGGGUCAUACGAAAAGCAAAGUAUUCAAAGUUUGGAUAAAAUUCAAAGUGACUUGAAUAAUAUAGAAGAUGGCUCUCAGAGCUUCGCUAAAGGUUUUCAAAAAUUGGUUUCUAAAAUAGUACCUAUGAGUACCUCAAAUUUAAAUUGUGGUAAAGUCCAAAGUUCUACAUUAGAUACAAGUCCAUGUAAAAUAUUACCUGCAGCUUCAAUUUGUAAAGCUUCAGACAGUAUAUCCGUGUUACAAGAUACAGUACCAAUUAUUUCUAAUAAUUGUGAUACUAAUAUAUUUGAUAGUACAGAAAAUUUGGAUAUGUCAAAAGUAGCUCAAUACGAUCAUAUUACGCAUUUAGAUAUUUUAAAUAGUAGUAGUGUGAUAGACAAAAAUCUUUUAAUUGACGAAAAGUUAGUUGAACAAUUACACUUGGUAGAUCAAACAAACUUGGUCGAUGAGUUAGUAUCGGAACGAUUAAAAAAUAUUAUGCCUGAUAAUAUUUUAGAAGGUAAUAUCAUACCAAAUAAUACAAAUUUAGAUACAGAUCUUGAUUUUGAAGCACUGAGCGAAGAAUUUAAUAGAAAUGCUAGAAGUUGAUUUUUAGACCAUCGCGUGAAUGAUGGUAUUAUACUAAAUAAAGUUAUUUGUACAGUGUAUAGUAAUAUUAGAGAUACAGUACAAUUAUUUGAAUUUGUAUAUGAAACGAAUGUAUUUUUGAUGAUUGCUACACGUUUCUUUUCUAUAAACUUUAUGUAUGAAUUUGCAUUAGUUCAAAAUAGAACAUAACAUUUUUUUAGAUCAUUCGUAUGUUUCUUUUGCUAUAGGCAAUUGUAAAAAUGUACAAUAUCAUUCAGUUUAAUGUAUAUAUAAAUAUAAUACUUAGAUAUACAUAGUUAUAUAAAAAAAAAAAAGAAGAAAAAAGGAAAAAAGAAAAAAAAGAAAAAAAUAUUUUCUUGUACAUUAAAAAAAUACACAUCCAAAAGUUAUCUUUUGGAUUGUAAAAUGUAUACAAAAUGUUGCUAUUAGACAAAAGUUUUAAAAUUUAUGACUGUCUAAUAGCUUUGAAUUUUGUCAAUAAUAGUUCAACUACUAUUUUAGCAAUAUUAAUGAAGAAAAAUUUCUUCAACGAAAAGAAAAAAGAACGGGAGAAUAAAUUGAUUAAGAUGAACAUUUCAUUUUCGUCCAAGCAAUAAGAUUUUCAUAUAUAAUUGGACUUGUGUUAAAAUUUAAUUUUUAUUUUAAUAUAAUAUUAAUUAUUUUAAUAUUUUUGUGUUGUUUGAUCUUUUUGCAUUAAUCUUAAUAUUAUCUUUUCAUAUUAUUCUUUAUCAUAAAUUUUUGCAGUUAUAAAAUGAUCAUACCUAUUGUUAAAUACAUGUAAUUUUCUAAUGCAUUUAACUAAAUUGUAUAUAUCUAAUGAGGAAGUUAUAUAUUUCACCAAUAAUUCUUUCAUCACAAAUAAUAGUUUUAUUUUUCAAUUAAAAAUAUAUAAAUAUCUAAAUAUAAUAAUGAUAAUAUGAUAAGCAAUUUUUAAUAAAUUACAUUAAAAAAUUAUAGAAGACAAUGUGGACAUUUUCAAGCAAAGGAGAUUUUAUCCUCUUUUCCUAUUACUGCGUAAAAUAAUUCUCUAUGUAUUUAUCUGUAAAUAUGUAUUUAAAAUUUUUUUUAGAUAUGAAGCAAAAUAUUUACAAUAAGUCAUGAGAUGUACAUGUAAUUAUGUGUGAUUCUAAUUAAUGCUAUGAUAUAGAAAAAUGCUUAAAUAUUUAUGCGUAAGAUUCAUACUUCUUCCUCUUAUAUAUAUAUUUAUAUAU